AUGCAUCAAAGUUUAUCACAAACACUCAAUUCCGAAAUUCCUUCAAGAAAGGAAAACCUUCCUGAAACCGGCGAAAUUAUACAACGAAGUGAAAGUCCUACGCCUCUUCUAAGUCUAAACCGUCUUACACAAGAGCAAGAUACUUUACUUAAUAAACCAAGUCACACGAUAACGCUUGGAAACUCGAUACUUUCCUUAGCAUGUUCCAAUGAAUAUCUAUUUAGCGGUUCUCAAGAACCUUCUAUUCAGGUAUGGGAUUUAAUUACGUUUCAACCGAAAGCUGUGUUAAAAGGACACAAUGGUGGUGUCUUAUGUUUAACUCUCUCAACGGAUCAAACAAUGUUAUUUAGCUCAUCUGGUGAUAGCACUGUUCGGGUAUGGAGAGUUGAUACUCUAGAUGCUCUUUACGUUAUUCAACCGUGUUGUGAUGUUGGAGAUCUAUUUUCGGUGGUUUAUUCUGAUGAAUUAGAUACAAUAUAUAUCGGUUGUCAAAACACUAGUAUACUACGUUUCGAUUUGUCUACAAAAGAAAAAUAUCGAACAGAAUAUCCUUCACGUUCAUGCAAUUUCUCUAAAUUUUUUGACGCUUUAUCAUCAAAAACAUGCGGAGUAGUUACACCGAUCGAAGAAAAAGAAAUCGAUGCAAAGAUUUCCGCGGUACAAGAAAAUGUUCAAAGAUUUGAAGUUGAUGAUAGUAUGGUUCAUAUGAAUAGUCACAAUGGUUAUGUGUAUUCUUUAAUAUUGGGAAAGAAUAAAGAUGGAAGAAUUCUUAUAAGUGGAUCUGGAGAUGGAGAUGUUAAGGUGUGGUCAAUCACAAAGGAUUCUAUGGAACUUUUAAGAGUACUUAAAGGUACAGAUGCUGGCAUCUUAACAUUUGCCAUGCAUGAUGAAUUAUUAUUUUGUGGUGCACAAGGUGGUGAUAUUAAGAUUUAUGAUUUGGAAACGUAUCAACAUAUUAGGUCACUUAUGGCUCAUGAUGAUGAUAUAUUAGCUUUGACUAUAGGAGAUAACAAUCUAUUUUCUGGAUCAGCCGAUGGAAUUAUCAAGAGAUGGAAUAAAACAUUUGAGAUAUCAAAUACUUAUAAAGAUCAUACCGGAAUUGUUUUGUCAUUAACUGUAUCUCCACCUAAUCAUAAAUUAGGUAUAAAUAGGUCAUGGUUGAUUAGUGCUAAUGACCAAUUAAUCAAAUUUUGGGAUUUGGAAACAACGAACACUGAUUUGCUAGAAGCGGCUGUUUCGGAAACUACAGAUGUUAUGAGGUAUGCUCUAUCCAAAUGGAUCUCGUUGCAAACAGUUAGCGGGAAUUCGAAAUUUUUAGAAGAAUGCUUUAGAGGCGCUAAAUUUUUAAAGAGCAUAUUUGAGCAAUUAGGAGCCGAUUCAUCAUUAAUUCCAGUAGCAACAGGUCAAAAUCCAUUGGUUUUUGGUAAAUUUAAUGGAAUUAAUGAUAAACAACAACACAGACGUUUAAAUGUACUUGUUUAUGGGCAUUAUGAUGUUAUUGAUGCGGAUGAAACCAAAUGGCUUACAAAUCCCUUCGAAAUGAUUGGAAAGGAUGGAUAUCUUUAUGGCAGAGGUACUACCGAUAAUAAGGGACCUAUGCUUGCAGCUAUAUUCGCCGUUAGUGAGUUACAGCAGGAGAAAAAACUUAGAGCAAAUGUAUCAUUUUUAGUUGAAGGUGAAGAAGAAAAUGGUAGUAUUGGAUUUCAUGAUGUGGUGGAAAAAUCCAAGACGCCAUGUCUAACUUAUGGACUUCGUGGAGUAAUUGGUGCCACUAUUGAAAUUUUUAGCGAACAAACGGAUUUACAUUCUGGUAUGCAAGGAGGAGCAGUAUCAGAACCUUUAAAUGAUAUGAUUCGGAUUCUUGCAAAACUUAUAUCAGACGAUAAUCAUAUUUUGAUUCCAGGAUUUUAUGAUAAUGUGAGGCCCGUUACACCUUAUGAAGAGCGAUUAUAUGAAUAUAUUGUGAAAUCAGAAUCUAGAUCUAAAAUAAAUAAUGCUAAUGAAGAGAGGAAUUGUAAUUCAAAACCGGGCGAAACAAAAGAAUCAUUAAUGUCAAAAUGGAGAUAUCCAUCAUUAACAAUACAUAAGAUUGAUGUUAGUGGACCAGAUAAUGUUACAGUGAUACCAUGUAAAGCUAAAGCUAAUGUUAGUAUGCGUAUUGUACCUGAUCAAGAUAUUAAUGAAAUUGUGAAAAGUUUUGAAGAUUUUAUUAAAAAGGUUUUUGACGAAUUAAAAACCGAAAAUAAAAUUAAUGUCUCUAUUAAUAAUUUGGCAGAUUGGUGGUUAGGAGAUCCCGAAAAUCAAUAUUUUAAAGCUGCAGAACAAGCAAUAGAACAAGAAUAUGGAAUCAAACCAUUAUAUAUAAGAGAAGGUGGUUCUAUACCGGCUGUUAGGUGUUUAGAAAAAAAAUUUAAUGCCAAAGCAAUUCAUUUACCAAUAGGACAAUCUACCGAUCAAGCUCAUCUAAAUAAUGAAAGAAUAAGUUUACAAAAUUUAUAUGCCGGCAAAAGGAUAUUUAAAAAUUUAUUUAAUAAAUUAAGUGAAAAUUGA